CGCAUGACUACGCUGCUCGAGACGCUAUGGUUAUAUGCCUGGCCGGCCCGGAUCGCAAGCUCGUGCUCGGUGUCUCCCCCUCUCGGUUCUAGUACACCACGGCCCAUGCACGUGUGACAGCGCCGAUAUCGAGACACGAUGCUGCUCAACGUGCUGCCGCUGGCCUCGCUGCUCGCCUCUCUCGCCGCCGGGUCGCGGCUCCCCCCGCUCCAGGGCCACGUCUACCGGGCAGCCGCUGCUGAUCCGCCUCCAGCAGUCUAUCUUCCCUCGCACCACGUCUACGACGCGGCGCCGGCGCUGGAGCGGCGGUUCUCGGCCAACGACACGUUCGACUUCAACUUUGGCUACACUAACAAGAACCUGUGGAAGGGGACAUGGAAGGGCGGGUCUGCGCCCAUCCCGCCAAUCCCGAUCGGCCCGAUCCCAUUGACCAUCAAGCCCGAGGGCGCCGUGUCGCUGUCGCUCGACUGCAGAGAGUGCCGCACGUACGGCACCGUCGACGUCGAGCUCAGCACCGACGCCGGCCUGUUCUUCCUGCUGACCUUCCGCGACGCUGGCGCCAUCGUCGACCUCGGCGUCACCGCGUCGGCUGCCCUGACCGUCAAGCUGCAGCUCGGCGGCUUCUUCGAUCCGCACAAGAACUUUACCGCGGGCUCCUUCAACGCCACGCUCGACCUCGGCGUCGAGCUGGUGUUAUCGCUCACCGCCGGCACCACGUUGUCGGGCGGCUUCCAGCUGUGCAUCCCCGACGGCGCGCAGCUGGGCUUCGACAUUGGCAUCAGCCCGGACCCGCAGACAGGGCUGCUGACCACGGACGCGUCGCUGAAGACUCUCCCCGGCGCCAACUUCUCACUGCUCCCGCUGUCGGUCGACACCAACGUCAACGUGACGGCCGCGCUGAUCCUCAGCGCGGCGGCUGGCAUCGACGCAGCGCUGGGCCCCAUCACGGGCAAGAUCGGCGCGGGUGCCACAGUCACCCUAAUCCAGCUCAAGUUUGGCGAGACGAGCCACGCGGGAGCCGACACGGGCCAGUGCCCACUCGCGCUAUUCGUCGACGGCGAGUCCAACGGCGGCGCGUCCGCCAACCUGGCCGCCGGCACGCGCAAGCCGUUCCUCGACAAGGCCGCGCACACCGUGUUUGCCACCGCCGGCGCGACGACCUGUCUGUUCAGCAAGCCGUCACCUGUUUCUCUGCCCUCAGAGACCCUCCCGCCGGCGCUGCUUGCCCCACAGCCGACGCUUGCCCCACAGCCGACGACGAGCUGUGCGCCCGGCGCCGCGCUGGUCACGCAGCUCGACACGGUCACGCACGUCAACACGCUGACGUCGUGCCUCGCGCCCGUCGUCGACUGCCCUUCCUCGCUGGCGCAGGUCGUCGUCCUGACGCAGACCGAGAAGGUGACCGCGACGCGCUGCGCUGAUGCCACUACCACUACCACGCCAGACUCUACACCAUUCUUAUUGCAGUCGGCGACUACCACCAUCACAGCCACCACCAUCGUCACCAUCCCCAGCUCAUCCACGUCAACAACAUUAAACAAUAUCAGCAGCGCCAUCGCCCAGCCGCCCGCGGCAGCAAUACCAGGCGGCGGCGGCGCGAGUUGCGCCACGUCGGCCGUCGGCCUCACGCCGCUGGCGUCGCCUGUCGUCACGGGCGUGCUACCGCCGCAGUUCGCCAACGUCUCGGCCCCUGCGAACGCCACUGUCACGGCCUUGGCUGGCGUGUUCCCCUCGGGUGCUGGGAACGGCAGUAGUGGCGGGCAGGUGCCGGUCACGGCGGCGGGCGCGACGGUGCGUGGUCCCGUUGCGGCGGGGCAGAGCGUUGUGUCGCUUGUCGUGGGCGUUGCGGCGUUGGUGUGGUUUUUGUAAGUACUUCAUAGUAUGGUGUUAUAGGUUAGCAUGUUUUUGCGGUUGCAAUUUCUCAGGGCAAGGGAGCGGGGUCGUGGUUUCAAUUUAUUUACUUCUUUUCUUUCUUUCUUAUAGGUACUUAUCAUGAUACCCA